AUGCGACAGCAGGGGCGUCGCUGGGGAAGAUGUCCUCGUCAAUACACACUUGACUAUGAACAUGAUUCGUACGAAAGCAUGACAAUCCCAGUUCUAACCACCUUCGUUGCCUACGCACAAACAUCGAGCUGCGAAGAAGAGGAGUUUCAUAUGGAUCUGGAGAGCUCUACAGAGGAGACCGCACUUUCUUCGACGUCGGUGAUUUCAACGCCAAGAUUGGCCCCAGAAGAACGGCUGAAGACUACCACAUUGGGACUCACGGAAUGGGAUACAUGA